AUGUUUACGCAAGAGACGGCCAUUUUUGCGGCCUUUUUGCUAAUCUCGACCACCAGCUUAUUGCCAUGGAAUUUGUUCAUGAAUGCACACGAGUAUUUCCAUUAUAAACUCCGGAAUAGCAGCAGCGAGGAAUGGAAUAUUAGUGGGAAUGCGAGCACGGAGCUGCAACGCUCCUACGAGCCUUGGGUAACCAUCACAAGUGGAAUGUCCUGUGCCGUUGGCUCCUUGCUGAAUUUUUUGGCAACUGAGCAGUGA